AUGAACGUGGCCCUUGCUGCGGGAGAUUCAAGAGAGCAUGAAUACCAUGCACAGGAGGAGAUACAGAACAGUAUGAGGGAUGGUUCCGGCCUUGUUGUCUACCUAUCAACAUUUCCCCUUCGUGGCAGAGACUCGAACCACCGGGCUCUCGUGUUUCCCCUACGUUGCCUAUGUCUUGACUCUCAUGCUGGAAGGGAAAUACCUAUGGCCAGUCGCAUGUCUGCUACGGAGGGUGGUUGGGCAAUAAUUGAGAAGUUGACCAAGGGUAUUGAAGUUGACAAGGGUAUUGCAGUUAGUCAUUAA